UCAGCGACAGAGAACGUCAACGAAGUUAGCCGAAGGUACUCCCGGGCGGAGUGGAGCCGAUCUGCGUGAGAAGACUUGAAAGAAAGGCACCAACGACGACCUAUCUAGACGGCCCUAGUUAGUUAGCUACAAGAUAGACCCAGUAAUUCCGUCAAUCCAAAAAGUUUCAAGAAAAAAAACGUUUCUCACUCACAGAAGGUCAGGUCACCAGGUGGCAGACAUCGCUAUGGCCCAGGAGACCAAUCAGAGCCCAGUUCCUAUGCUCUGUCCCACUGGCUGUGGUUUCUAUGGUAACCCUAGGACUAACGGCAUGUGCUCUGUGUGCCACAAGGAGCACCUGUCAAGACAGAACAAUGGAGGAGUCAGUUCUUUGAGUGCUGUGGGCAGCAGCAGCAGUAGCCCCACAGCUGAUGCUUCUGCCAUCCAGAGGUUAGAGGCCACUCUGAAUAAUGCUGCAGCCGCUGCAGUUGCUGCUGCAGAGGUGGCCGCUGAGGCCGCUGCUUCUGCCGAGGCCGCUGCCACCGAGGCCCUCAGUGGAGUUUCAGCGGCCAUAUCUGUAACACAACAAAUGAAUGAGAUGAGUCUCUCCUGUGAGGAGAAAGGAGCGUCAGGGAGCAAAGUAGAGCUCACAGAGCCAGUGUUAUGUCAGCCAACGUCCUCAGCCUCCCAUCCCUCCACUGCUGGCAGUGACGAGUACAAAGCCCCAGAGCCCCCAAAACCCAAGAAGAAUCGCUGCUUUAUGUGCCGCAAAAAGGUUGGCCUUACAGGUUUUGACUGCCGCUGUGGGAAUCUGUUUUGUGGACUCCACCGUUACUCCGAUAAGCAUAACUGUCCGUACGACUACAAAGCUGAAGCUGCUGACAAGAUUCGCAAAGAGAACCCCGUGGUCGUUGCUGACAAGAUCCAGAGAAUAUGAAGAGGACACUCAGUUUGACUUUGAAUACUGGGAGCAAUCGGCUUUAAAAAAACGGACUUGAGCCCAACCUUCUUCUUGAAAGACCUGUUUUUUUCCCCCUCUUUGUUUGUCACACAUUCAGGAUUUUCUCCUCAGUGCAUGAAAGUUCACUUAUAUUUUCAGCUUUCAUUCUUGUUUGUGAGUUUUUGGAGGGGUGUAUUGAAUGAAGGGUGUGUGUGAGGAUGGGGGUGGGUCCAUAUCAAUGACUGAGGGAGUUCGCUGAAGAAAAAGUUACUGCCCUUUUAUAUAACGCUGUUGAUGGCUGCCUGGGCUGUUUUGUGAUCCCCUGAGAUGGCUUGAACCAUGCCUGGAAAGUGCCCGGACACUCGGCCCCGUUUGGACUCUCAGACUGUUACUGCUGUUGGCUGAUGGCGUCAUCUCAGCCGUGCUUGCUCUCUGCUGGCUUGAGUAGCAAAAUGGAUGUUGUCUUUUUUUUUCUCUCUCUCUUUUUUUUCUUUUUUGGUCAGAGUUUAACCCUCCAUACUUGUCAGACUUUGCAUCCUGGUAAGUUUUUAUCAACCUGAAAUGCUUCUCUGUGCCGCUGGAACCUCGUCCACUCUGGCUCCCCACUGACACACAGCCACUCAGACAUACUGCAAAGAGACUUUGAAGAAGAGACUUUGUUGCUGGCCCCUUCUUGCUGGCUCAUAUUCCCUCCCUCCUGCUGUGUGUGCGGCACUAGACACACAACGUAGUUUGACAGUUUACUUUUUUUCUGUCCUGUUGAUCUCGGGCUGAAUGCUGUGACCCGCUCUGUGCCCAGGUUCUGGGUGGCAGGCACAUGGACUUCCUGCUAUUUCGGUCUUGAAAACCAUCCACUGAAGUCACAUCUGUUUGUUUCCUUUUUUUGUUUUGUUUUCUAGAAAAGUGGUGUGUAUGCUGUGUGUUGUUGUAUGACAAGUAGCCUAAACUUGUAUUAAUUUUGCCUUUUGGAAGGGUUUAGCUCCACUAAUAUUUUCAUCUUUUACUUCACUAUUGAAUGUUUUCCUCAAUUUUUAAUGUGAGCUGACAAAUUCACAGCGUAGGGAGUGUUGGGCUGUUGCAUACUGUGUAUCAAACACAAGUGUGUGUGUGUUUGUGUGUGUUUGUGAGAGUGGAUGUGGACGGCUGGUGUUUGAGGCUAAGUGGUUGUUUGCCGCGGUGACUUAGUGAGACCUGUGGUCGUAGGUUAUUAAUAACUUCAUAUUUUGGUCUGGCUGCUUAAUCUGUUUUUGUUUUUUUUACCCUUUAGUUAUGCAAGUUUGUACAAACAUCUUAUUUAUAUACUGCAGUGCGCGUAAUCCUCCAAUAAUACAGAAUAAGUUGUAUGAUGUAAAUAAAUUAUAUUCACAAAUAUGAAAUGCAGAAUUCACAGC